CCGGCCCGGCUCCGCUUUGCUCGGCCCGGCCCGGCUCGGCUCCGCUCGCCUCAACUCGGCCCCGCUCAGCGCGGCCCGGCCCGGCCGGCACCAUGCUGGCGCUUUUCAACAAGCUGCUGGACUGGUUCCGGGCGCUGUUCUGGAAGGAGGAGAUGGAGCUGACCCUGGUGGGGCUGCAGUACUCGGGCAAGACCACCUUCGUCAACGUAAUCGCGUCAGGACAGUUCAAUGAGGACAUGAUCCCAACAGUGGGUUUCAACAUGAGGAAGAUCACCAAAGGGAAUGUCACCAUAAAGCUCUGGGACAUCGGGGGACAGCCGCGGUUCCGCAGCAUGUGGGAGCGAUACUGCCGUGGAGUGAGUGCCAUUGUGUACAUGGUGGAUGCUGCUGACCAGGAGAAGAUAGAGGCCUCUAAGAAUGAGCUGCACAACCUGCUGGACAAGCCCCAGCUGCAGGGCAUCCCGGUCCUGGUCCUGGGGAACAAGAGGGACCUGCCCGGUGCCUUGGAUGAGAAGGAGCUCAUUGAGAAGAUGAACCUCUCUGCCAUCCAGGACCGAGAGAUCUGUUGCUAUUCCAUCUCCUGCAAAGAAAAGGACAACAUUGACAUCACCCUACAGUGGCUUAUCCAGCACUCGAAGUCCAGGCGGAGCUGAGGGCCCUGGCUGGAUGGAAGCUGCCAUUGUCCAAGCCCAUGCCCCUCCCUCCUGCUCUGUCCCUCCAGCUCUCUCUCUAGAUGGGUAUUUUUAGGGGACCCCAGACUCUGCUGACAUUGGGGCAGAGUCCUUGUUUUUAUUGUAAAGAAGAUGUCUGACUGCCCUCCUGUCCCCCUGUCCUCUCCUCCCCCUCUCUUCCUCCAUUUUGGCACUGUUCUGUUGUUGUCUGUGUAUACAGUAUAUAUAUAUGUAUAUAUAUUUUAAUUUUUUAAUUUAAGGGAUAGUGCUGUUAUUAAAUUGGGUCCUGUGAGCAUUAGGAAAGCUGGGGCUCCCCAAGGCCAGCCAAGGGUCAGCACUGGGAGGAGGAGGAGGGUGGUAGCAGAAGGCAGCCCUUGGGGAUGGGGCUGUGCCAGCUGCAGGCAGGUCCCUGGGGCUCCCUUUUCCCUUCUCUGGUGUCCUGCUGCUGCCUCCAGGCAGAGACCACCCUGGGGUGUUGGGGGUGCCCACCUUGCCCUGCCUGGCUCAGGUUGGGGUGGGGGGGACGUGUCAAUGCCACCUGCAGGCUCCUCACCCCUCCAGGGGACAGGGAUUGGCCACAAGGCACUGCCAUCAGCCUCCCCCUGCUGCCUCCACUUCCCCAACACCCCUUGGGGUCCAGGGCCACUUGUCCCCCUGCCCUACGUGUCCCCUGCUCUUGUGCCUGGCCAAAUCCUGCCCACUGCCCAGCCUGGCUGCUGGGGGAUGAUCUGGGGCACUGGUACCAGUGCUGGGGCCCAGCAGUGCCAGCAGCCCUGGGGGAGCUGGGGCUGGCACCUGCCUCCCACCUGCCCCCUGUAACCUCCCAGGAGAGCUGAGCUGGCUCCCCACGUGCCAAGGGGCAUCACCUGUGCCCAGCUGGGGCUGCUGGCUCUGCCCUGGCCAGGCACCUCCCUUGGGAUGCCAGAGAGGGAGGGACAUGUGCAGGCACCUGGAGACACGCUCAGAAAUAUCUGUGCACCCUCAGUGCUGCUCACCAGACCCAGGGGUGUGCUCUGUGCCUGCUCCCCAUGCCCUGCUCCCCAUGUUUGCUCCACAUUCUUACUCCCUGUGCUCUGCUGUCUGUGCCUGCUCCUCCUUUCCUGCUCCCCAUUCCCUGCUCCCCAUUCCCUGCUCCCCAUGCUUGUACCACAUUCCUGCUCCCCAUUCCCCCCUCCCCACUCCCCAUUCCUUGCUCCCCAUGCCCCCCUGCUCUGCUGCCCCGGCUGGGGGGCACAGGGCCAGCAGAGCUUGUGGGGACAGUGGUCAGGUCUGUGUGUGCCCAGGGGGGUGACAAAGGCUGUGCCAUGUCUGUGCCAUGGGCUGGGGCUCUGAGGGGCAGCCUGGGGCCUGGCCAGGUUGUUUGGGGCCAGUUUGGGGGACUGGGCUGGCACUGGAGGCUGGGUGAGCAGGGGAGGCAGCUGCUGGUCCCAGUGCAGGGCUGGGGCACACAGUGGGGGCCCUGCAGCCCCCCCAGCCCCUUCCCACUGGGCUCCAGGGUGUCAGGCUGGGAAUUUACCUUCUGUUCUUGUUUUUGCAGAAUUGCACAAAGAGAGGUUUCUUUUUGUUUUUUUUUUUUUUUUAAUUUAACGACUUGUAAAGUGUUGUCUCCCCCCCACCCUCCCUUCUUUUUUUUUUUUUUUGUAAGAGAUAUUUUGACUCAGAUUUGACCUCUGUUGGGAAAUGAUUCUUGUAACUGUACAUUUUUUUUGCCUCCUAAUAAUAAAUUAACAAUUUUGCGUUG